CCAAUCAUGGCAGCUCGGUGACGAACUUCCUGGUCACAUUUCUCUCGUAGGUCCCAUUAUUGUGGCGUGUUUGCUGCCUUUACGGUCCGCAGAAAAAGGACAACGCGGGUGGAGGAGCGAGGAGUGAAGAUGAGCAGGGAGAGCAGAUUAUCUGUGCGGGGAAGGCAGCCGCACUGCUAGCGCGGUCCGAGCCAGAUAAGCAGAGUUACUACAAAUGCUGUUUACCGAGUGUGACGCCUAGCCCAAGGACGUACGAGCCGAGCGAACAAGAGGCGAGACAGAGGGGGCGCAGGGCUCGGAUGGCAUCAGCCAGGGCCGGGGGAAGGGCUGCCGAAGACUGCACAGCUAUGGGACGCGUUUGGGUACCAUGUCCUGACUACAAAAGACUAAUUAUCCGGCGAUAAACUGCAGCGGCACGUCAGAAAUAAAGGCCUCGGUGCUCUUUAAUCCGGCCAGAAAACCUCCCUGACAGGCAGCGACGAGCUACGAGCAAAAGGGACGCUUUAUUCGCAAUUGAAGGGAUUUAUGGGAUCACAAGUUUCCUCUGAUGAGAUGAGUGUGCGUGCUGGCCAGGGCAGUGAUGAGGUGCUGGUUUCACAGGCGGUGUGGGAUUACCUGGCUGCAGCUGGGCGGCCCUGGCUCAUUGACUUCCAGCACAAGCAGGGGAUGAGCGCUGGCAUCAUUAGGCGAGGGGAGAGGGGGGGCUGCUGUGCCGUGAGGCUGCAGCCGGUGGACGGCUCCAGGAGCGCUGGAGCUGGGGUGAUGGAUGGACCCAUCUCCAGCGAGACACGAAGAGCCUUCAUUGACUUAUGCCGCUGUGCCCGCAAAGAAAUGAGCAAACAGGAGGGGGGGUCCAAGAGGAAGAGGGCUCUGCUGCCCUGUGUGGGGGUCCUGGAGCCCAACGGAGAGGGGAGCCUGCUUCAGCCUCCACCUCCCCAGCCUCGGCGUUCCCAAAGACAGCAGCAGAGGUUCAGGAAACCUGCCGAUGAGGAGGCCUGCGCCAUGCUCCACGAGGUGACCCACAGGAAGGACAUGGACCCCAGCCUGGCUUCCCACAGCGAGGCGGAGGACAAUAACACUUGUUCAAUCUGCAUGGGGGACAUAGUGGAGAAGACCACCCUGGAGAAAUGUGGCCAUUCGUUCUGUCGCUCUUGCCUGGAUCAAGCCUUUAAGGUGAAGAAAGCGUGUCCUGUGUGUCGGCUAGUGUACGGCCAGCUGAUCGGGAAUCAGCCGGCCAACGGUUCAAUGAUCGUAGAGAGAGAUCCUGAUCUGGAGCUUCCAGGCCAUGAAGGCUAUGGGUGUAUCUGCAUCAUCUACAGCUUCCCUCCCGGCCUACAGGCGCCAGAACAUCCCAACCCGGGCGUUCGGUAUCCAGGAACAGAUCGUGUGGCCUACCUCCCUGACAGCCCUGAGGGGAACCGUGUGCUGGGCCUGCUGCGUCGGGCCUUCGAACAGCGCCUUAUUUUCACCAUCGGUACCUCCAUGACCACGGGCAUGCAAAACGUCAUCACCUGGAAUGACAUUCACCACAAGACCUCAAUAUGGGGCGGGCCGCGCUGUUUUGGCUACCCAGACCCCACUUACUUGGUGCGAGUGACAGAGGAGCUCAGAGAGAAAGGCAUAACAGCAGACUGACAGCAUGAAAAUGACAGAAUCCUCCUGGACUUUGGAAGACUUUUUGAGCGUCCUUGCAGUGGACAUGACUCAGCUCCAGGUUGCGCUCUGAGACUGCCCGUCCCUUAAAAGAUGGCUGAAUACGAAGACCUCAGCAGACAGGCGUCAAAAUGCUGCAGCAGAGCCCAUAUCACUCCACUAGUUGUUCCUCUGUUUGUUCACUUUACUCCAGAUUUCAAAUGAUCCCACUGCUACAUGUGGAAGAAAAUACUUUUGAGUGCAGUGCAUUCUUGUAUUACACAAUCCUAUUAAUGUCAGUGCUGGCAAUAGGACUGAUAUCUGAUGCACUUAUUUAAGAGCAUUGUUGGAAUUCAUGGUACUUAUAUAUUAUUUAGGAAAUCUAAGUUUAAUGUUAUGAAGACAGUUUGUGUUAUAUUAAUGUUUAUUUCUACUCUGGGGGUUACUUUAUUUCUUACAAGCAUACAUCCUUGGUUGUGUCCAGUAAUCUUUGUUGAGCUAGUCUCUAAUUUGAUUGUUACUAAUUACCUGUUGUAAGGAUAGUACUUGGAUCAUAUGGCAGAAUAGCACUGCUUCUAUAAACAGAAUUAAUUUUCUGGAGUUAUUGCAAUCUAAAGCACUCACAGGCACUUUGGUAAGGGAGUCUGUUUUUUUCAGUAAAGUAUGACUAAUAGUUUUUGCUUCCUCUCUGUGAAGAGUGCUCGGGGCAAACAGGUUUGCGCAGCCAUCAGCUAUUAGCUCAGUGGCUACAAGUUGAUGUCAAUUGCUUAGAACUCUUCAUUUGUGGGUGAUCGUCACCCCUCCGCCCUAUUUUUACUUACAAAAGAAGAAUGUUAAAUGAUGUCUCAUUGCAGCACCUUUUAAACAUGCAUUAGGACUUCCCACUGGGUUUUUUCCAUUGGUCACUCCUGUUGUUUCAAGAUGUCUCCCAGGUGUUGAGCCCAUUACCUCAGUUGUUAGUAAUGUGCUCCUCUGAUUACCAGAUUUAUGACGAUGUCAAACACGAAGGGCAUACAGACCACUUAAACCAAAUCGAAGGCACAAAAGCUCUUUAAAUAUCUAUGCCUCUGUCCCUGUCAAACUGGUAGAUUUGCCUGCUAAUCUUCUCAUUUAAAUGAGGUACCUGUUGUAAAUUUGUUUAUCUAAAUAGAUAAUCCAUGAUACAAAGCGAGGAAAAAUAACAAAAGAAAAUGUUGCGGGAACAAUAGAUCUGAUUUAGGGUGGGAUACUGAUCUCAUUUUGUUGUGCCUUUCUUAUAUUCACUUUUGAUAAAAAUCAAGCAUGAUGUUUCUGAUGAAUGGUUAGCAGUUUGGGCGUAUUUUGGUGUUAUUUGAUAGGUAAACAGCAUUAUGUUUGUAGCUAUACUAUCUGGCUUUUAGUACAAAUACCACACAGUUUAUUAAAAUAUGUAUGCUAAUGUGUUAUUAAAUUAGCCCCUCCUUCAUAAACAUUCUUGUAGUCCAAAUGCUGAAAAAAAGACCCUCAGAACUGAUAAACCCAUAUGUGUGAAAGUGCUUUGCUAAGUGCAGUAACCUGCUUGGCUAGUGAAAAAUCUAUCAGUAACUUGACUGGUCAGAUCCAUACAUCGAAUGCUUUUCUUAUGUUUUCAUCACCUUUGUAUUUUAGUUAAGGGACCAACUGAAAUAUUUUUGGGACACAGGAUUGUAGUUUACUAAAGCUACUGUGCAAACAUUUCUAUGCAUUACAUGACUGAGGAGGAGCCAGGAGAGCGGACAGUCAGAGAGAUUACACAUAUUACAAAUGGAUUGUUAAGGAAACCUUUGAGUUUUGCUUUUCUAAUUGUGUUGAUUCGUACUUUGUUGAUAUUCAGAAUAAUGUGCUUUACAUUUUAAUACUUGAAUAAAAAAAAUUAUGUUUGG